GGUCGAAGCGUACUUAGCGGCAGAGCGGUACUUUUCCCGGAGGGCAAUCGUCGUUCCGACGAUUCACCUUUACCUUUUUCCUCUUUUCUUCUGUUUGCACCCCGCUUCGUUACCACGCGCUGACGAGACGCAGAAAAGCAACGACAAGGAACUACGUGUAAAAUACAGUCAUCCGCUUUCCACAACGGCAACAGCAUCGCACCUCCGCCGACACUUGCAUGCACACGCACCCAUUCACAAAAGGAAACAGCAACAACAACAAAAAAAGCAGCGGGCGACGGAGAAGAGAUGCCGCGUCCGCACUUUAUCACGUGCCAGCUGUGCGGCAAGGGCUUCGGGUCUGCCUCCAUUAACAUUCACAUCCCUCAAUGCUACGAGAAGGCGAUCAAGCGGUGGAAGCUGGAUCCAGUAGGACCGCGACCCGUCAUGCCGGCACUGCGCGGAAACGCAGGACCAGCAGGAAAAGCUGGUGGCAACGGCGGCACGGGCCGAAAUACCACGAUGUUGGCCUCCGGCACCGUUGGGUUUGACGACCAGCCGUGUGGCGGUGGCGUGGCCGCCGCGCGCUCCCUCCACGCGCCUAGCAUGCCACCUAUGAUGGAGGAGGCGCCGCCCAACAUGAACUUGCACCCCUGCUCCAAGUGUGGGCGCAACUUCAACUUCGACCGUAUUGCCUACCACGAGAGCGUCUGCAAGGGCGAUCAGAAGCGCCGGGUCUUCGAUAGCAGCAAACAGCGCGGCCUCUCCGGUGAGGACGAUGGCGGCUUUGGCAGCGUCUUUGAUCGCUCCGGUGGCGGCAAAGGAAUGAAGAAGAAGAGGCGACUUGGCACGGCCAACACCACAAGUCGCUACACGCCUGCCCCCGCACCAAAGACCAACUGGCGCCAGCAGCACGAGGAGUUCAUUGAGGCCAUUCGUAGUGCGAAGCUGGCGGAUGCGGAGUCGCACAGCAUGUGGGGCAACUCGUCUGCUGCUGUCGCACCAAAUCGAGCGCCGAUGGCACCCACGCGCGGGGCCCAGCGCGCACCGUUUCCCCGGUACGCAAAUCAGGGCCGGACGCUCGGUGGUGGCGGCAGUGCCACUGGUGCGACUCCUGCGCGCGGCAUGCCACCACCCGCGCAGCGAGUGCCACCCUCCAUGCUGAAGCAGAGCGAGUCACGCAAGCAGAACAUCGCCACGGGUGGUCGAGCAGCAAAGGCAAAGAUGUCCGCACCGAUGGGUCCCCCGCGAGGGGGGACGACGCGGCCUGGCAACGGGGCACCGCCGCAGCGCAGCUCCUUCGGUGGUACGGGGGAUCGGUUCAGUGGACGUGGCUACGACAUGGGCGGUGGCGGUGGCGGUGGCGGUGGUGGUGGUCGCAUAUUGAAUGAAAACACCACUAGCGUUGGCAUGCUGCAGUCCAUGGGACUAGCAUAG